AUGAUGUACACCAUCACCAGAGGGCCCAGCAAACUCGUUACACAACGGAGGACGACAGCUCCCACGCAGCAGAUAGAGAGUCAAUUCGCCGAGUUGAAGCGCAAGCCGACCAAGUGGUUCACGUCCAACACUCCACCUCCAAAGAUCGUGUUUCAUCGCUUCAAUGGGAAAACUUACCAUGUCCCGUCCGCGCAGAAAGUCAACAGCCCGGCAGAGGGAUUCACUCCGGCUCAUGAGGAGAACGUCAGAUUUGUAUAUGAAGCAUGGCGGGAGGUGGAGCAGAAGCUUGGAGACGGAAAUGACGGGAAAUCGACGGGCAGCCGGGGGCCUGUUCAGUAUACAGAGAAGACCCCCAGCGCUGUCAUGAAGAACUUUGUUCCCAUCGAUCUGGAGGAGUGGUGGGCCGAGCGCUUCCUUGCUAACAUUGCAAGCCUCUCAUGA